AUGCACGCCUUCUCUAUCCUAACGCUCGGCAUCUUCGUUGCCGGAUACUCUACUGCGCGCUGGGACCUGGUCAACCGUCUAUACGAGCUUGCUAUCUUCGCCUGGGACCACGGCGUCAUUUCGAGGGUAGUGCAGGGCAUCGCAGUCCUGUCAAUCCUCUUCUUCCUCGUCAUCCUCCCCAUUGAGCGCCUCGCCUCACACGAGGUCGGUCUGCAGCCGGCGGUGGCAUCUCUGCUCGCGAGCAGCUCAAGCGGCGCGGAUCCUUCUGACGCGAAACACUAUGUUGACAUGAUUACACAUAAUGUAUUGAUGCGCAUAUUCUGGCCAUCCGAUGCGCCUAAGGGUCCCGCACCCGGCGUACUCGUUGGCUUUCGUAACUCGGAGCUCGAUAUGUUCGUUGUAGCUAUAUUGCAAGAGGUGGGGUUGCCCAGCGUCGAAAAUGCGCUGCAGGUUGGGACAUUACUGCGCCAACAGCGUCGUGACAUCCAGGAGCUCCUCAAGCUGUGCCACCACUCGUCGUUGCGCGCUCUUGGACGCAUCAAUCCGCCAGAAUCGCCCAAGCAUUUCGAUCCACACCACCUGGUCGCUUAUACCGAGCCUGGGACCCGUUUGCCGCGCGUAUACUGCCCCAUCGAUACGGAUAUGACCCUGCAAGUCAUCGUGUACGAUCGCCCAAAUCCUAAGUACAUGCAAUACUUGUCCCUGAAUCCAAUAUCACUUGCACUGGGUGACAAAGCGGAAGGUGAAAGAUGGGACUCAGCUUUCGAGGGCGUCGAAGAGGAAGAAGAGCGUGAACGCAAAAGGAAGGCAGAGCUGGUGGAAAAGCUGACGCUUCAUACUGUCAUAGCACACCCGGUCACGCAGAAAGAACUCCUACUUCCCGUGCUCAUCGAUCAGAUUAACUGCUCCUUCGAGCUGAACACUGUGUUGCAGAAAAAUAUUGACGUUAUCGGAAGACGCACCAAACGAGCACAAAGUGUGAGUGAGCAUGUAUUCGAAUCUGCAAGCACCUUCUGGGAUUACAUUCGCAAUGCCAUCGGGUAUGUGUGGCGUGUGCGGAUGUACCCACUCAUCGCACAGAUUCUCAUCCUGGUCUUGAUGACCCAACGCUUCACAAGCGAGAUUGCCCUACGAGCCUUGGAUUGGCGGCCGGGCUCCACCAACAGUCCUGCUCUCAAAGACGUAUCUGCGACAGCUCAGCAGCUUGACAUUCGUCUUCAGCAACUCUGUUAUUGGCCUAUCCAGUUCAUGACGCUGCGGAAGCGCAAAGAGAAUUGGGGAAGCAUCACCAACAGCCAUCCUGAAUAUAUCAGGUUCUAUAAUAGCCUUUGGUUGGUUGCCAACGAUGUCAUCAUUGGCGUCGCCCUUGGCUCUUUCAUAUUCGAUAAUUCACUAUACGUCGCCGCCCAAUUUGAUACAGUGUUUCAUGAGUGGUCGAUCGAAGGUCUGCGCCGCAUGAUUGUCUGGCUCUCGGAAUGGCCUGGCGGCUUGAAGCUCAACACUGAGCUUGCAGACUUCCUGGGUGAUUUGUUUCUCUGGGUAAUCGAUUAUUGGGCUGGAUGCAUGAGUGUUCUGCGACCCCAUCUUCCUACCUUCAUUCGCCUCAUAGGGCUUUCAGCAUUCGCAGGUGCUACUAUGCCCAUCUCACUCUUCUCAGACUUAACGUCACUGCUCACUUUGCAUAUUUAUUCCUUCUACGUCGCAUCAGCUCGCAUUUUCAACUGGCAAUUGAACAUCCUCUUGUCGCUCUUCCACCUGUUCCGAGGCAAGAAGCGAAACGUGCUGCGAAAUCGUAUCGAUUCGUGUGAUUACGAUCUGGAUCAGCUCCUGCUCGGGACCAUCCUCUUCACGCUGCUCUUCUUCCUGCUUCCGACCGUUCUUGUCUUCUACUUACUAUUCGCAUCCGCGAGAGUUGGUGUCAUUGGCCUGAAGGCAGCCCUGGAAAUGGGUUUGGCGUGCCUCAACCACUUUCCGCUGUUUGCUAUUACGCUUCGUAUCAAGGAUUCGAGUCGCCUACCUGGAGGUGUUUGCUUCGAGCUGCAAAUCCCGAGAAGCAUCGAGUUGCACGAUCCAGAUGGUUCGGCCUCAGCGCCCGCUUCGUAUAUCCUUUUGAAGCCGAUACCUCUUUCUUUCCGACAAAUAUUCCAUUCGUACUUUGAGCUGGGCGACCGCAUACGUAAACACUACUUCUCACCAAGCGUCUUCAUAUGCCUUGUCUAUGGGCAAUCUGUUCCUCCGAUCCACAGGCGCAACUUAUACAGUCUACAGUAUAGUAUGCUGCCGGCUAAAAGAACGGAAAUCUCAGAGCUAUGGAUGCGGCUCACUGGGAAGGAAUCUCCACGCGCCGAUCGAUCAAACGGUAAUCUCACGAAACGGAAGGUUUUGACGAAUGAUGUUGCCAAGACAGAUAAGAACGACACCAGAAUGGGCAUCACCAAGGGAAGCAGCAAGGCCAAAGGGCAAACGGCGGAUCCGGUCCUCACCCGCCUUGUCGCAGAAGACACCGUAUCGUGGGCUCGCAAACCGCACCUGCGGAAUCUUUAUUUGUUGCUCGUGCCGGCUGCUAUUGGGAUUGAGAUCACGUCUGGCUUCGAUUCGCAACUUAUCAAUGCUCUGCAGAUUGUUCCCUCAUGGAUUACUUACUUCGGCCACCCCGAGGGCUCGCUCAAGGGUAUCAUCGCUGCGGCGUACUCUCUUGGUGCUAUUCUCUCGCUUCCUUUCAUUCCCAUGGUGGAUGACCGGGUCGGACGUCGAGGCUCGAUCAUGGUCGGCUCGAUCAUCAUGAUCAUCGGAGCUCUCAUCCAAGGAUUCUCGCAGAAUGUGACCAUGUACAUCUUCGCCCGACUCAUCCUCGGCUUCGGCAUCCCCGCCUGCAUCGUGGCCGGCUCCUCACUUAUCGGCGAACUCGGCUACCCCAAGGAACGCCCCGUGCUCACCUCUCUAUUCAACGUCUCCUAUUUCGUCGGCCAGAUCAUCGCCGCCGGCAUCGUAUUCGGAACUAACAGCAUCCCCAACGACUGGGCAUGGCGCGUUCCCUCCCUCCUUCAGCUCUUGCCCUCGCUCCUUCAAUGCAUAUUCGUGCUAUUUCUCCCAGAGAGCCCGCGUUGGCUCAUCAACCACGAUCGGAUUGAGGAGGCGGAGGCCAUAUUGGUGAAAUACCAUGCUGAGGGGAAUCCCGAGAGUGAAUUUGUGAAGGGGGAGAUUGCACAGAUUAGGGCCACGAUUGAGUUGGAGAGUGAGGCAGCGAAGAGGGGGUGGAUGGAUUUGCUGAAUACAAGUGGGAUGCGUCGUAGAACUCUUAUAACAGCUAACCUAGGUCUGUUCACGCAGUGGUCGGGGAACACGCUCAUUUCCUACUUCUUCGGCGACCUCAUGAAGAUGAUCGGCAUCAAAGACGCGCUUACCAAGCAGAAGCUCAACGUCGGCUACGCGGCAUGGUCCCUCGUAACUGGCGGCGUCAUCGCCCUUAUCGUCACGCGCUUCAAGCGCCGCACCCUGUACAUGCUCUGCACGCUGUCACUGCUCGUUGUGUAUACCGGCUGGACCAUCGCCUUCAAGUACGCUGUCACUGCCGACAAAGCUGGAGGACACAAUGGGCCUGCUAGCGCUGCCAGUGCAUUCUUCAUCUUUGCGUAUCAGCCGUGCUAUAAUAUUGGAUUUAAUGCUCUAACGUACACGUAUAUGGUCGAGGUAUGGCCCUAUAUGGAGCGCUCCCGCGGCAUUGCCGUCUUCCAGCUGUUCGGCCGUCUGGCGGGUUUCUUCACUACCUUCGUCAACCCCAUCGGGCUUGACAACAUCUCGUGGAAGUGGCUCAUCGUAUAUGUCGCUUGGCUUACCUACGAAGUCGUCUUCGUCUGGUUCUUGUUUCCCGAGACGGCGAAUCGUACGCUCGAAGAACUUGCUUUCUUGUUCGAGGGUGAGGAGAAGAACAUUCGGGCUAGUGAGGCGGUGGAAAAGGUUGUUGUUGAGAGGGAAGAGAACGUUGUUAGUGAUAAGAAGGUCUGA